UGGCAUAAAUUAAGAGAAAUUAUGAAGGAUCCUUAAUUUAAAUAACAAAAAGAGAAACUAUAAUAAUUGUUAAAGGAAGUGAGUUUAACAAUAAAAAAUAAAAUGGGAAAUCAGCAGUAGUAUUAUCAGUAUAAUUAUUGAUUAAUUAUAUAGAUAUUAGUAAUAAUGGAAUUGGAGUGAUUUAGAUGAAUAAAGGGCAACAAGAUUAGCAGAAGUCUUAUAAUGCAAUUAAGAAUAAGCAAGAGAAUAUCUGAUGAUAUUCAAAGACCUAACAUUAGAUGAAAUUGUUAUGAUGGUAGAAAAUGAAGAAUGA